AUUGCCACCUAGCCAGUAAUACGAACACAGAAAAAAAUCAAUUGCCUCUUAAAAAUGAUGAAGUGUACAUUGCUUCUACUCAUUGGCUCGUCCAUGUGCGGCGUUGCGCUCGGCUACACGCUGCACUUUCAAAACAACUGCCCCUUUACUGUCUGGCCUGCGGUUGGGAAAGCUCCGAAUGGACAACCUGAUCCAUCCGUGGCUUAUGGCGCCAAACUCGAGCCAGGGGGGUCGAGUCAAUUUGGAGUGAACGACGGAGAGAUAGGAAUCCGCUCUUGGGGUCGCACUGGUUGCGAUGUCAAUGGUGCAAACUGUGCGACCGGAGCGUGUAAUGGUGGACUUCAAUGCACUGAUGGAGGGAUAACUUCUGGAGUUUUACUUGGCGAAUACGGUUACCAACAGUUUGGUAACGUGAUCUCUUGGGACCUCUCCCGAGUUGAUGGCUCUAUCAAUAUUGAUACAUCCAUCAACAACGGAGGUAACCUCAAAACGUGCCGCCAGAGCAAUUGUUCCUCCGAUCAAGCUUUUGCCCAGCCCAAUGACUUCCAAGCGGUCACCACUAGCCCCGUUGGAUCUACUUUCGAUAUCACUUUCUGUCCAUGAUCGAUUCCACGUAACAAAAUUGCGAUGGUGUCCAUUUCAUUCAGAUGUCGUCAAGUCUUAUUUCUUCAUUGCGUUUGGUUUUUGGUUUAUAGUUUAUGAUCUAUGUAUUAUUCAUCCUGCCAUAUCAACGCGCAGUUGACAAUGUUGGUUACACUUUACAUACUUGCAACUUGGUUUUCUAUCGGUUUGAGAACAAGUGCAAAUAUGAUACAAUUACAAAAAUAACCUUUUUAAGACCC